AUAACCCACACCAUGGAUAACUUACUGGACUUUGCCUGAAAGGAGUCAUUAGUACCAUUGGAUAUUUGACCAUCUUGGCCACAGGUUUUUCAGGAUGAAUGGAAGGUCACGCAGAAUGAGUCUUCACCAUACGUCGGGAACACCACAGGGGCCUAGGAUGGUCAGUGGCCAACACAUUCCUCCCAUCCGAACCCACUCAGGGACUCCUGGCCCCUCGUCUUGUGGCAGCACACCAAGCCCUGCUUUUGGAAGCCCUUCUAACAGCCUGCAUCGCAAGAUGCCCUUGGGAGGAGGGAUGGCUCUUCAGCACAAUAUGGCUGAGAGCCCCAUCCAUCUGCCCGCUCUGAGCCCCAGGAGACAAGUGCUCACCAAUGAGAAGCCGACAUUCCAGGUCACCCAGCCUGGAGGCAUGUCAGGGACACACACUUUAAAGCCAAAGCAUCAAGAGUUUGGAAGCCCUUUUCCUUCAAAUCCUGGGAAAGGGGCUCUUGGCUUUGGGCCUCAGUGCAAGUCCAUUGGAAAAGGCAGCUGCAACAAUCUAGUGGUCACCAGCAGUCCCAUGAUGGUUCAGCGACUGGGACCCAUUUCACCUCCAGCAAGCCAGGUCUCCACAGCAUGCAACCAGAUCAGUCCUAGCUUACAGAGGGCAAUGAAUGCAGCCAACCUGAAUAUACCUCCUUCAGAUACCAGGUCCCUUCUUUCCCGGGAGUCUCUGGCAUCCACGUCUCUGAGCCUGACAGAGAGUCAGUCGGCCCUGAGUGUGAAACAAGAGUGGUCUCAGGGCUACAAGGCCCUCCCUUUGUUUUCUUCCAACCACGGCUCUCAGAAUGGCGUGGAUCUAGGGGACCUCCUUAGCCUUCCUCCGGGGACACCCAUGUCCAGCAAUAGCGUCUCUAAUACAUUGCCACCCUACCUUUUUGGCAUGGAAAACAGCCACUCUUCUGCCUACCCUAGUCCCCGGCACUCGUCCUCCAGGUCACACUCAGCCCGCUCCAAGAAGAGAGCGUUGUCCUUGUCCCCACUGUCCGAUGGCAUUGGGAUAGACUUCAAUACCAUCAUCCGCACCUCGCCCACAUCUUUGGUCGCCUACAUCAACGGAUCAAGGGCUUCCCCGGCCAACAUGUCCCCGCAGCCAGAGGUAUACGGGCAUUUCCUGGGUGUGCGUGGCAGCUGCAUCCCCCAGCCCUGCUCGGUGCCCAGUGGGCAGAAGGGCGUGCUGGUGGCCCCCGGGGGUCUGGCGCUGCCUGCCUAUGGCGAGGAUGGUGCGCUGGAGUACGAGCGCAUGCAGCAGCUGGAGCACUGUGGCCUCCAGCCCAGGCCGGUCAACAACAUGGUGGUGCAGCAUGGGCUUCCUGGCCCUGAAGGCCAGCCCAGUGGCAUGCUCAAGACCGAGCGCCUAGAGGAGUUCCCAGACAGUGCCCUGGACCUGGCCCCCGCGCCCCCUCUUCCUCCUCUGCCACAGCCCCAAGGCCCCCCACCCCCCUACCAUGCCCACCCACGCCUUCACCACCCAGAGCUCCUGGCUCAUGCCCAGCCCCUGGCCCUGCCCCAGGCCACUGUGGAUGAAGACGGGGAGAUGGACGAGGGAGGCAAGCACUGCUGUCGUUGGAUAGACUGCAGCGCCUUGUAUGACCAGCAGGAGGAACUUGUGCGGCACAUCGAGAAGGUGCACAUAGACCAGCGCAAGGGGGAAGACUUCACUUGCUUCUGGGCUGGCUGUCCUCGAAGGUAUAAACCCUUCAACGCCCGCUAUAAACUGCUGAUCCACAUGAGGGUCCACUCCGGGGAGAAGCCCAACAAGUGUACGUUUGAAGGUUGCAAGAAGGCCUUUUCCAGACUUGAGAACCUCAAGAUUCAUUUGCGGAGCCACACAGGCGAGAAGCCCUACCUGUGCCAGCACCCUGGCUGUCAGAAGGCAUUCAGUAACUCCAGCGACCGUGCCAAGCACCAGAGGACACACCUGGACACUAAACCUUACGCUUGUCAAAUUCCAGGAUGCACCAAACGCUACACAGACCCAAGUUCUCUAAGAAAGCAUGUGAAGGCACAUUCUUCCAAAGAUCAACAAGCAAGAAAAAAGCUGCGGUCCAGCACAGAGCUUCACCCAGACCUGCUCACAGAUUGCCUUGCUGUGCAACCCCUGCAGCCAGCCGCUUCUCCGAGAGACACUGCUGCUGAUACCAGCCUGGGACGGUCCCCAGGGCCGGGCCCAGACCUCUAUCCAGCUCCCAUUUUCUCCAGCAAUCAUUCGAGCCGAAGUGGAACAGCUGCUGGGGCCGGGCCACCCCCACACCUUGUCAGUCACCCUUCUCCAGGACAUAAUGUACAGGGGAGCCCCCACAACCCCUCCUCCCAGUUACCUCCACUCAGAGCUGUGGAUGCAGGAGCUGAGAGGUUUGUUCCUUCUGCUCCUUCUCCUCACCACAUCAGCCCCCAGAGAGUUCCUGCUCCUUCGUCCAUACUGCAGAGAACGCAGCCUCCUCACAGCCAGCAGCCAUCAGGUCCACACCUGAAGUCUUAUCAGCCAGAGACAAACUCUUCUUUUCAGCCAAAUGGAAUCCACGUCCAUGGAUUUUAUGGACAGCUGCAGACAUUCUGCCCCCCACAUUACCCUGAAUCCCCCAGAACUGUGCCACCUGGCAACUCCUGCAGUGUGGUCCCUUCCUUCGAGGACUGCCUGGUCCCCACAUCCAUGGGCCAGGCUGGCUUUGAUGUUUUCCACAGAGCCUUCUCGACUCACUCAGGCAUUGCAGUGUAUGACUUGCCUCCGGCUUCUUCAAGCCUCUUUGGGGAGUCUCUUCGCAGUGGGCCUGAGGACACAACAUUCUUACAGAUCAGCGCUGUAGACCGCUGUCCUAGCCAGCUUUCCUCCGUCUAUACUGAAGGCUAAAAGCUCCACUGACCUGUGCUGCACACCCAGAAUCUUUUAGUUGCUUGCAGCCUUUUGUUUUCAGACCAUCACAGGCUGCAUGAAGAAGGGUGUCAACCAACUCAAUGAAGCCUGCCAGGUCACUUUGUCUUUGGAAAGCAGGACUGGACGAUCAGAGCUGGCUUUGCAGCAGUAUUUGCACUUGCUCCUUUUUUCUUGCUGGAUUUGCCGGACCAAGUGAACAGCGGGGCUGUCUUUUCAAAGGGAAGUUAGAGUCUCACCUUGCUGGAUACCUGUUACUUCCUGGCUGUUAACCCUCAAAGGACACCAAUGAAAGGACGUGCAUAUGAAAAUGUGGUUUGGGGAUAACCUUUGCUGAAAACUCCAAAGAGGGAAGAGCCCAGUUACCUGAGGCACCAUGAGCUGCCUCUCCCAAAUCCAGGUGGUGCAGAGCCAAGCAUAACAAGGAAAAUCCAUGUCUAAAGCAUGGUGUGAUCUUGACUCAGAAAUUCCUGAGUUUUCCCUCUUCUCUUAGAUGUUGUCAUGCUAACCAAUUGCAGUCAGCGUUUCCCUGCUGACAAAAGGUUUUCUACUUCACCAAUCUACUUUAUUUUUUAAUUUUAGAGACUUGUUACUUACAUCUGCUUUAAAAGGAAAAAAAUAACAAAGUUUUGUUCUUUGGGUGGAAAUCAUGAUCAUUUUAGUCACCCCUACUAUAUGCAUUUUGUCACAGCUGUGCUCGGCUUGGCCCUAGCUCUGAAAUGUUAGUUUUGGAGAUUGCAAAGGCUCUCUGAGGGUGACAGGAUGGCCAGUCACCUGUGUGCACGCACACACACACACACACACACACCCCCUCUCUGCACUCAGUGCUGUAGCAGGAACCCUCAUGGAUUGACUGCUCAGUGACUCUACCUUGAAAACUUUGUACACAGGAAAAGGCCAUUUGACUUAUCCAUCCGUUGCUUUCACUCUGGCACUCGACCUAACAAGCAUUGGGAGAUAUGGGGACAGGACCCAUGGCAGGUCAUAUGUGUGGGUUCCCGCAAAAAACCAACCCUGGGAUGCCUGGCAUCCAGUUACUUUGCACAGCCUCUGCUCAGCUCCCUCAGGGAAUCCACUCAUCUGUCUGUCUUUCCCUGAUAUUUCCCUCCUCCCUGUUUCUGCUUCCUUCUCAGCAUCUUGACCUAUUUCAGACAUGCCAGCCAUAUCCCAUCAUAUCCUGGUAUCAGCUCUUAGGAAGGUAGAAGGAAUGGUUCACAGAAGGUGGGCUGAAGAAUGCCAUCUUUUUUUCUGAAGCUUGUUUGAAGGCCUGAAAUUAUUCACAGAGCACUUGGCCAUUUUAUAUCAAGCCUGAAGAAGAAGUCAUUUCUAUUGACAAGUAAGGUCUCGUGUCCUAGUGUGUAAGCUAUAAAAACUGGCCAGACCCCAAAGACUCAGUCAGUUCCAACAUUCUGGUACAUUCACAUUUCAGUGUUUCUUUGCUCUCUUAAAGAAUGUUUUCUGAACAAUAGUAAAACAAUGCUGUUUAUCAGACUGAGAUAAUUAUAAUCUUCAGCAAGACAGUUAAACAGCUUGGUAUCAGACUUAGGGUCCCGUGACAGUUUGCUUCGUGACAGAUGGGUCCUUCUAGUCUGGCUCCAAAAUCAGAAGUGUUCCACCUAGUUCCCAUGUUCAUUCAGUGUGCAGUAAAUGAGGGGAAUGAGGAGCCAAGUGUGGAUUUCAUUUUUAUAGCACACUUGCUUGAUCUAGCUUGUCUUGCUAGUGGGCUGUGUACUAAGGAAAGCUAUAAUGCAACUUUCCAAGUCUGCAAAAUAUUUGCAUUAACCACAUUAUACAAAUCUGCUCUGCUUUACAGAAGGAUGCAUCAGGCUUCUCUGACAAGUGAGCUCUGAGACUGCAUCUAAAAUCCCACCAUUCUUGCAGACAUUCUGGGUUCUGUGACUUUUCCUAAGCAAGGAUACGUGCUAACACUGGCUUGGUCAGUAGCAUCCAUGACGUGUCCUCUGUCACACUCUAGAAAGAAAGGAAGACUGCUGUCUUUAGAGAGACUGUCUAUCCAUUCUUAACCACUGACUCUGUUACAAGCAACUCAAAAUACAUUUCAUUGGUGUUAUGAGAAAAAAAUGAAGAGGCAAGGUUAUUAUUGCAGUUGAUGUUGUCAACUGCCUGUGGCUUUAUAGAGAAAGUGGAAAGGAGGAAGGAGAACAAAGCCAGAAGCUGAGCCGCAGAAACCACGGAUGUCAUCUCCUCCUUUGGUUAAGCGGAGAUGCUUGUGAGCCAGGCUCUGGUCUCACAGUGGCCCUGCUCUUUGCAGCCUCCCCUGGCCCUGGCCCUGGCCCAGAGAGAUCCACGGAAGAGCCAAGGGUCAGUGGCACCUCCAGCAUCUCUUUCCUCAGCAGGAUUUCGAGGCCCAGCCCCUGAGGGAUAUUGCUGUUGUCAGAGGGAGACGUGCAGUGCCCGGAGCCCCUCACAGACCCUCAGUGUUGCCUGAUGGACAUGGGUUUGUGAUUAGGCACUCAUGACAGGAUGCUUUCAUGUUUCUCCAGACUCUAAAAGCUGUCCUUAGGACCCAGAAUUUCUCCUGACCUUCAAAUUUGUCCCUUGCUUACUUUUGCAUUGCAGAAGAUUUAUGUAUCUUACUAUUUUAUAGCAGUAUACCUGAAACUUCAAAAGAUCAUUCCUUUCAUUUCUUGACCUUUUUAGUCUUGAUAUGUAGCCAUUUUCAUAAACAGCUGAACAGAGAUUGUCAUUCCCCUUUAAAAACAAAAAACAACAAAAACAAACCGGGUGCUUGUGAAAACACGCAGCGCAAAGCCAAUUACCCUAUUACAUUAAAAAAUAAAUCAGUAUGUCUGGGAGCAUUUAAUUUGCUACAUUGUCUUAAUUCCCUAAGGAGACUACAUCAAAAUGUCAGUUGUAAUUUGGUCUCUGAUCAUCAUUUAAAUAUUAUUUAAAUAUUUACUGGUCCUCUGAGGUAUCUCCCUCUACCCUUGUCUCCCACAAAUUACAUAGGUGAUCCUAAAAUGGAAAAAGAGGUCGUUAACAGAUUACAGCAUAGUUUCCACUGAUAAUAGUGUGUUGGUUUUGUUCAGUUGUUUUGAAAUUACUAGUUGUCGAGUGGGCUAGUACACUAAUACCAGUUUUGAACAGGGACACCGCUAACUCUCCCAUCAGAGAACCUUUCCUUUCCAGUUGCCUUGAAGUAGUGGGAAUGGUGAUUGUAACUGUUCAGUUUAACUGUUUGGUGUUUUGACUCUUUUACCAUGUCAUUUUAUAACAGCAUUUCUUAAUGGCACUUUUUGUUGGCGAUGUGGAAUUUUGCAGUUACUUUUUUUUUCCUUUUGCCAUGGGUAGAAAAAAAGAAAGAAAAACCAAACUCAUUGGAGAAAUAGUGAGUGUAAAAAAGAAGAGAUUUAUUUUAUACAGACAGCAAAGCAUCCUGUGUAAUGUUGCUGACAUGAAGCAUUUGAGGGGAGUGGAAAUCUGUUUUCCAUAAAUCACACAGGCUUUUGUACAUACUUAUAUACACUCACGUAGAGAAAUGAACUGCAUAUAUCAUACUGGAUAUGGGGCCCAUUUUACUCUAGAGGCACAUCUGGUGCUUAUUGUCAUAAAUCUUUUAAAGAAUUAGGUACACUUUUUUUCUAUUAAUAUGUAUAGUUUUGUGAUUUGUCACAGUUAUGUUUCAUAUAAUCAUAAGUUAUUUUGUCUUGUUUCAUGAAGUUCUUUUUUAUGUCAAAGUAAAAUGAAGGGAUUGUGCACUUGGUACAGAAUAAAACUGGAACUACAGGAUA